CGUUCGUGCUUUUCGAUUGGUCAUUAAUAUUUCACAUUUAUUCGUACAUCUUCGUAACAUUCCGGACAUCAUGAUAACAAUAUAGAGCCGUCCGAAAUUGACAUCAAGUUGAUUAACAUUUACAUUUUAUGGUAUAUAUUAAAGUUCAGACAACCGUUAUUGUGUAAUUAAUGCCAGUGCCACAGGGAUAUGGAGGGGGAGGGCCCAGCUGUUGGGACAGGAUCAAGCUAGGCUUCAUGAUGGGCUUCAGUGUGGGAAUAGCCACAGGCGUGCUCUUUGGAGGCUUUCAGGCUCUCAGGUUUGGUCUGCGUGGACGAGAACUUAUACAGACAGUCGGGAAAUCAAGUUUACAAGGAGGUGGAACUUUCGGGACAUUCAUGGCUAUUGGUUCAGGAAUACGGUGCUAGCAAAAUACAUCUCAAUUGAUAUAAUAGGACUUUGUGUCAUACAAUGAAGAAAACCAAAAGUCAACUAAUGUAUAAGCAAGAAUACAGACCAAAUGUCCGAAGGAAAGUACAAAGCAUGGAAAAGCAACUGGCUCCAGACAUUGGUGUUUAAUAAUUAUAUACUGAAGUUUAAGAUAAAUUUGAGAAAAUUGCAUAUGUUUUCCUUUCUAUUCUUUCAUCCAUUAAUUUUAGUACAGCAUAAUUAAUUCUAAAAGAUAUAUUUUAUUUAUAUGGUAGACAUAUUGACUAUACAAUCACGGAGUGAUAUUAAUAUUUGUAACACAUUUAUUUGGACAGUUGAUAGUUAUGUAUUAAAUUAAUUGAACAAUAAUGAGUAAAUUCAUGUUAUUGAACUUGCUUGUUCAAUAAAACGUAAAAAAUU